AAUUUAUCUUCAUUUCUUCUAAGAUUUUUGUCUUAGUGAAAAAAGUUUACUAAUUUGUAUAAAACACACUUAAUGCACAUUAUUUUUAUUCAGUUCUAUUCUAACAAUGAAAGUCCUCCUUUGCAUAUCCUUAAUUUACCUGGCUACGGUUUUCAGCUAUCAUACAGCGGAUAGCGUAAAUCAGAGAAGUGAUGGAAAUCUUAUAACAUCAGCAGAACAUUCUAGAGAAGAUCAUCAUGAAUAUGAUGCUUUUGAACGUGAAGCUCGCCGAAAAUAUGAACAUCAAAAAUCAUCUUCAGAUACCUUUAAGAGAAUUCCUGCUAUAAGAAGGACAGUACCUGAAGAUAACGAUCAUCAUCAUGAAGAUACCGAACAUGGAACAAAUUCUGAUUCCGGGAAAAGGUUACGUCACGAGGAUUAUUCUGAUUCAGAUAGGAGCAGCUUUGCAGAUGACAGAGAUUCUGAUGAUCAUGUUGAUUAUCAUCAUCAAGAGGAAUACCCCGAGUUACCAAUUCAACCACCUUCUGCUCCACCAGUUGUAUUUUUUGGACCACAACAACCAAUUGGUCGCAGACAAAUUCGUUUGCCUGUCUACCGAAGGCCAAGUUAUUCAAGGCUCUAUGAUGCUGGACCCCUGCCAGUAUCAUACAGGGCUAUAAAUCCGGUAGCAUAUUCAGUACCAACCCGUGUUCGUAAUGUUGUAUUGGGAUAUCCAUCGGCUUUAUCUAGCCCAGUAAGAUAUGCUUACAGCCCUCCAAGUCCUGCACUUGAUGCUGGAGUAGUCCCAUUAGAAUACAGAGGAUACAUAGCAGAAGAAUAUGAUGAAUUCCUUAAGAAAAAAUAAAUCAGCAUAAAUGUUUUAAAUGUUCUGUUACUGUUUUCAGUUACAACUACCAUUUCGUUUAAAAAAUCAGCAAGAAGUAUGGUACUUGCUCAUAAAAGUA